GGUUCCUGAUCGCGCAGAGCUGGCUCCUGGCUACAGCGGACCGCUCGAGUCACCCAGCAGAAGUGUGGCAGAGCCAAGGCUGGGAAUCGACUAGAAGCCCAGCAACGCGCAGACAACGGCCCAGCGGGGGACACCCCGCCGGAGCAGGCCAGUUCGUCCGAGGACUCAUCCCUAUGGCUUCCCUCUGAGUUUCGACUACUUCCCAGUGGAAAGCAUACUUAAGCAGACACUGGAGUGCUCGUGGCAAGAGGUCCCAUGGGGACUGUACCUGACCCUCUGAGGGUGACUAAAGCUUCGAUAGUGGCAGCUUCUGGGAAGAAAGAGUCUCAAGGGGAGCCGCAGAGUAUCUCACCACAACCAGCUCAGCCAGAUAAGAAUGCUAGUGGCAUUGGCAAUGCUCCUGCAGAACUCAGCCUCAGGCUCAGUCCAACUGCUCAGGCCCUGAUGCAAGCUUGUGUGCCUGAGUCCAGCCAGCAAGACAUGGCAUCUCCUGGUAUCUUCAGUGAAACAGAGCCAUUGUCUCCCAAGCAGAAAACACCUGAUGACUCCCCGCUUCGUGGAAGCAAGGAGUUGGCAGCACCAGGCCUGAACGCUACUGCACAAAAGGAACUUCUAGUCCAGCACACUCACCAUGCCAUCCAACGUGACCCACCGAAUACUAGCACCUGUGCAGUACCUGAAGGUUCCUUGGUGAAAUCCGAGGCAAACUCAAACGGCGAGAACCCUGAAAAGCCAAGUUGUCCUGCCGGGGUCACCUGUUGCAGCAGCAAAAAUGAAGAAGGGCACUGUGAUUUUCCUUCUCCAGAAAGCAGCCAGGGAAUUUUACAGACUCCAGAUAGAGCAAUGAGGAUCCACUCAUCCCCUUCUGCAGACAGACCUGAGGGGGAAGGGCAGAAAGUCAUCAGUACCACCACAGAGGUGUCCAGUGAACCUCCAGCAAGAGGGGGAUGCUCGGAGAACAAACAGCCCUCUGCCACUGCCUUGAACACCACAGCUGAAAGGUCGGAAAACCGUCCGCCGUCCCCCCUCAGCAGCAAAGGGGCCACAUGUUCUUCAGAAGCAAGGCAGACACUGCUGCCAGCCCAGUAUCCAGUGUCAAGGUUUAAAGAAGCCAGUACAAUGACCUGCCAAGCUGAAAGCGAGGCUAAGGAGGUCCCUGGCAGGGCUUGGCAAGAUGCUGAGGUACAGGCAGUGGUGAAUGUGGAGAGCAGGUCUGUGUGUACGAGCCCCAGUAUCCUCCCUGCAUACUUCAAGGAAAAUCCUGUUCCUGAGCUGGAGAAUGGGCAGGAGCAACUGCGCGUCAUUUGCCAUGGCAAGGGCAGUGGGAACCACUUGUUGGAACUCUCUAAUAGCAUGGUAGACUCCCAGGAGUCAAGGCAGUGCUCCAACAUUGUACCACAGGUGCAUAUCCAAGCAGCCAUUGCCACUCCCGCAGCUUUCAAAGGGGGAUGCAAACCAGCGAACCAACCAGCUGAAGGCCUUAAAUCCCCACUGAUCCAUGUGACCUCCAGUCAAAACCCAGAAACAGAGGAAGACCUGCGGUCUUCAGCAAGCCAAGAGGCAAUCUCCAGACAGCCUGCAGGUACUAAUCCUGAUUCCCAGAAAGCUAACCCCAUUGGCCAGAUUUCCCUCCCGGCAGGGAGUCAAGCUGAGAUAAGUCAGGGGUUGGGGAACUCUGGACCCAGGGAACCUGAAAUUGUAGUGAAAACUGCAAAUGACCACAAAGCAGAGCCAGGCUGCAAACCGUCCAACUCCUGUGGAGGUGCCAACAAAGACCACCCCCCGGAGAGCUUGGACCCCACUGAUAAAACAGGUGCAAAGGACAAGAAGCCUGCAUCUCCUCUUAUCAUGAAAGACCAUGCACCUGGAGCCACCAGCACCCUAGAUGUCAAAACCCUAUUGCUAAAUCCUAAAUCUCAGGGAAACGAAGGUGAGGGACCAGAGGUCAAUCCUGCACCCUCCCCAGGGAGGAAGAGCCAACAGAACAACUUGGAAGAACACAGGCAGCCCAAGACAGUCAUGAGUCUGAGCCUCCCGUCAGAUGGCACAGGUGACUCGAGCCCAGGCUCUGGUAAGAGGACCCCUUCUCUCUCAGUCAAGGCCAGCCCACGCAGGGGCAGUCGGGUCAGCGAGUUCCUGAAGGAGCUCAGUGUGACAGCAGCUGCUGCCCAGGUGGGCCUCACUCCUGGAGAGAAGAAACAGCUGGGUGCAGACUCCAAGCUGCAUCUGAAACAGUCCAAGCGAGUGAGGGAUGUGGUGUGGGAUGACCAGGGCAUGACCUGGGAGGUGUACGGUGCUUCCUUGGACCCGGAGUCCCUGGGAGUUGCCAUCCAGAACCAUUUACAAAGACAAAUUAGAGAAAAUGAGAAGAUAGUUAAAACACAAAGUGACCAGACUCGAAGAUCCAUUUCCUCAGAUUCCUCUUCAAGUAAGAAACUUAAAGGGAGACAACACGGUGUUCUGCAGUCCAUGCUGCAAAACUUCCGGCGCCCCAACUGCUGUGUCCGCCCUGCUCCGUCCUCUGUGCUGGACUAAAAGGGAACGGCACUGGUGUAUGAGCUGUGGUAUUCCUUGAGUCUGUUUGUGUCAAAGCUUACAUGUUUGGAUUUCUGUUUUGUUUUAGGUUUGUUGUCAUAGUUUUCUGAGAGACCUAGGAAUAAAAGCAACUAUUAGGUUUAAAAAUUAGCUAUUAGGAAUUGUUGGUUUCUCCACAAAACAAAUGCUGUUUCCCACUGAUAGAAUACAAGAGUGAAGCAAAGCUUGCAGCUAGCACGAGUUCAGAAGAAAUGAUCAUCACUGUGGUUUUUAAAGGCAUUAUUAUUUAUACACACAAGUCAUUCGGUAUUAUCACCUCAGUCUAUCACGGUGGUAUUGCCACUAAAAUACCUGCUUUACGCUAAAACUAGCAAAAACAACUAUUAGCAACACUGUGGUAAUGUCUGGUAUUACUGAGGUAAGGAUGCUAGUACCACAAGAGGAUGCUAGAACCACAAAAGUUUAAGUAGCUUUUAAGAACCUUAAUGUGAUAACUUGAAAAAAAAAUGUAUGUUAUCCCAGGGACAAAUAAGAUAAAAUGAAAAUAUUCAAAAAUGUAUAAAAAAAAAACAAAUAUGAACUGGCUAUAGACAUCUAAAGCUAGCCCUUUUUAUGUGAACAAGUUCUUGUUAGAAAAGUUAGGUAUACUUCCAAAUAUGAAUACUGCCUACACUAAACAUGAACUUAUAUGUGUACAUUUUUCUGCAUUGAAAGCAAAGUGUAUCCCUGUGCUUCGGACACCAUUGAAAUGGUAUUUUUUUUUUUUUUUUCACUAGAGGAAUUGUCUGUGACUGGAGUCAUAAGAUUAAGGAGGAUAGUUAAAUUUUGUAUUGUAAGUGUGUCUUUUGCUAACACUUUCUGAUUGCUUAAAUGUACAACCUAGAUUCCUUCAGAUUUCUCACUUUUAAGAGGCAUACUCUUAUACUUCAGAGGUCUUCAUGAAAUCACAGUUUGAACUUUGGGUGGCCAUCUUCCCUCACUGGUUCCUCCAGGAUAGACAUGCAUGGGAACAUCCUUGGCACACUGAGUUGGGGUGGCGGCAGCAGCUUGUGCAUUGGGGUAAGAUGGAGAAGGAACAUGGCAAAGGUUUGGGGCAGGCCUUCCUCAUCGGCUACACAAUGCUAAUCUGAAGGUUGCAGCUAACACUUCCGACUUAGAUAUGGAAGGAAGAGCAACAACCUUUGCUAAAAUCACUCCUGAUGAGCUAGAAAACAGAACCUGCUGUGUAUCUUAUUUUUCCUUUAGAGACUCAAGUAUCAGUGGUACAACCACAUAUCUGUUUUGUUUUUCUUUCAGUUUAUUUCUAUUUUGUAGAUUUAAAAACAUAAAAAUUAUACCUGUGCUCUGAAUCCUGAGCUAUAUUGCAUUUGACUUCUACAAGAGCAAUUUAACUGAGUAUGUAGCUGCAUAAGUAGGCCACAGUGACAGCACCCUUCGAGUUGGAGAAUGAUAAUUACAGUGUUAUACUUGGAACUUAUAAUGAAUUUCUUAAUAAGGCACAUUUUCAGCUUCUUACUAAUUGGCUUCUAUUAAGGAUGCUUUAUAAAGUAGGAAUUACUGUCAAAUUACCAAAUUGCUAUAUUAAUGAUUAGAGAUUUAGUAUAAAACUCUCCCUUUUACUGUAAGUAGUUAUUUGCCUCACACACCUUUGCCAGGAUUUUUUCUGUCUCCUAUCUUACACACACCCAGGCCUUCUGUCACAUGUCAGCACCCAUACUGUGUAUACACAAGCACACAGGAGCAGCUGUCCACAGGGUCCACUCCAGAUGGUGGGCCCUAGGAAUCUUUAGCCGCAAAGUGCUACAGCAGGCUGUUCCUACGGUCAAAUAGGAGAGGAAAGACAGUUCUAAUCAGCAAUAAUAUUUGCAGAUUUAAAGUAAACAUGCAAUACAUAGAUUGUUUAGCCUGAGAGACUUGUAGGUAUCUUUUCCAAAUUCAGUAAAUCAAAACUGCUCACUUUGGUAUUGUGCCUCUCAAAGCAAAACCUUAAGAAGAAAUAUUUGAUUAGUAAAUUUGGUUUUCUUUAAUAUGAGAACUAAACUCUUCAUUUGGACAAAGACUCUAGAAACAUCACAAAAUGGCACAAAUAGAUUUUUGCUUUUUCCUUUUGCAUCCUACAAAAUUGAGAGGUUUUAGAACAAUCCGUGGAAAUAACCUCUCCAAAUGGAUACAUUAAGCUGCAAAUCUACUCAGGUGUUCAUAUUAUGGUACCUACCCAUAGACACUCACAUAGUAAAACCUUACUUAAAGUUUUUCUUUUCCAUAAGUCCAUGACACAUAGUCCAACCUUCAGGAUAUCACUGGGACCUCCUGUCUUCUUCAUCCAGGUAGGCACACAAUGGCUUUCCUGAAACACUAUCUGCUGAGAUAGAGUGAUAUCACUCUAUCUGUGUGACAUACACUGGUUUAAGAGUUAUUUACGCCUAUCAUUAAUUUUUUUCUUUCUUUUAAAAACUUUUUAUUGAUUCUUUGUGAUUUUCACAUCAUGUACCCCAGUUCCUCUUAUCUUCCUCUCCUCUCAUAACUGCCAUCUACCCUUGCCACCUCCCCCUAAAACAAGCACACACAGGCAAACAAACAAAAAUAAAACAAAAACGUAAAAACCAUUUCAUCAUGGAAGCUGUAGUGCGUCACAAUGUGACCCACAGUCUAUCUCUCUGUCCACACAUCUUCACUUGCAAAUGUUUAUUGCAAUGUAUCAUUGGCCUCGCUCAAGUUCUCUGGCUUCUGUGACACCAUCAAUAUUGGCUCCUCACUGGGACUCCUCCUGGUUAUCCUAUUGUUGCCCUGUGUCAUGGAGAUCAUCCAGUUUGGAUCAGCAGGACCUGCCCUUUUACACACCCCAAGAGUUCGUAGAUGAUGUAGAGCUCAGAUAUCACUGAGCCCAGAUCUGGGGCUUUGAGUUGACCUACCCCAAAUACUAUAACAUUAAUUUCUUUCACAUAUCAUUUGUACCUUCCUGAUACAUCUUAGAUCUUGAAAUAUAGGUAGUAAAUAUUUUAUUAAAGAAAUAAAUAGAAAAUAUUUCUGGCAUCAGUAAUAAAGGAAGUGGGACUUAGGCUCUGGUAGUUCAUUCGCCACUUAAAAUGUAAAGAUGUUAUACCACUUACCAAGAAAAUGCUAGAGUUCUUAUUUAAACUGUGAUUGUUCUGUUUCUAUGAUCACAAGACAAACACUCCAGCUUCCUCUGUAAUUUGUUUAUUGUGAAUGAUUUUAUAAGAACAUCAUUUUUAAUUAGUUGGUUUUGAUGCCAUGGCCACCUGUGUAACAUAUAGUAAAUAUUGAUCAACUUGCGUUUUGAAUCAAUGGCAUAAAAUUUUGUUGCUCAAAGUUAAUCAGAACCCAUGUGUAUGUAUGUCAAAAUGAAAUAGUUCAUAUGUUUCCUCCAUGCAAAGUUCAGCUAUACUGAAUGGAAUUUGAUCUUAGAUACAAUUUUUUUAUUCUUUAAAAUCAUCCAAUAUACCUUACUUUAGUUAUCUAUACUUCCUGUGUUAUAGAUUGAGUAUAAAACUGAAGUUGGACUGAAUGUGCAUGUGAAGCUUCUACGUAAAGUCUGAACUUUGAACUUAAAUCCUAAUGCAGAAAGAUAAGGAUAAGGAAGUUGUAGUUUACAUGGAUCUCAAAGUCUUGGGAUUUUGCUGUUCCCAGUUUGUACUGUUUUGCUUCAUCAUUCUGGCCAUUGUGUAUAUACCGUACCAAACACAGAACACAAGGAGAUGUCUACUUUUAUUAGAAGGGGAUGUAUGAGAGUGUGCUUUUAAUGUCUCUUGUACAGCCUUCUUUGUAUUCACUGUUACAUUUACUGCAAAUAUGUGAGCAAUUGGUUUCCUUUUACUUGUACAGUGAAAGUGUUUUUUUUUUUUUAAAGAUUCCCUUCUAGUAUGACAUAAUUCACCAUAUCUCCUGUUUACCUUUUCAGAUCAGUAUAAAGAAAACAAUAUAUUAGAAAUA